AUGAAGGUGCCUACAGUGUUCGAGAACUACGUCACAGACUGCCGAGUAGACGGACGAUCGGUACAGCUCGCCCUAUGGGAUACCGCUGGGCAGGAAGACUACGAACGUCUCCGUCCAUUAGCAUACUCAAAAGCCCAUGUCCUCCUAAUUGCGUUUUCAGUCGACACUCCAGAUUCCCUAGAAAACGUCAAGCACAAGUGGAUCGAAGAGGCGAAUGAACGCUGUCCAGAUGUCCCUAUCAUACUGGUAGGACUGAAGAAAGAUCUACGAGAAGAUCCUCUCGCCAUUGAAGAGAUGAGGAAGAAAUCACAGCGUUUUGUCUCCCCAAGAGAAGGCAGCGAAGCCGCGGCGGAGAUUGGAGCCAGGAAAUACCUCGAAUGCUCUUCUCUUACCGGUGAAGGCGUGGACGACGUGUUCGAAGCUGCCACGCGAGCGGCACUCUUAACCUUUGGGAAGAACCGAGGCCCAUGCUGUGUAAUUCUAUGA